AUGCCUGUCAUCUCCAGAAUCCUGUCCAUCGCCCUGCGGGUGGCCGAGAUUGCAUUUGCUGCUGUUGUGGCUGGCCUCGUCGGAUCCUAUCUUCACGACUACCGCAGCGACAGCGGCUUGCCUCUAGCUCGCUUCAUCUACGUUGAGAUCAUCGCCGGCAUAUCCAUCCUCCUCGGCCUUCUGUGGCUUCUCCCAUUCGCAAGCGGCUUCUUCCACUGGCCUGUCGAUCUCCUCCUCUCCUUUGCCUGGUUCGCUGCGUUCGGCCUGCUCGUCAACUAUGUCAAUAGAACUACCUGCGGUGGCCACACUUUUGACUGGGGACAUUUGACUCGCGGCGGCUUCUGUCAACGCUGGAGAUCAACCGAGGCUUUCUCGUUCCUGUCUGCCAUCAUCUGGCUUGCCAGCGCCUUACUGGGACUCUGGUUCAUCCGUCGUGAGAGAAACAAGACAGCACCUGUUGACGAUAGAGCGUAA